AUGACUACGUCUGAUGAUAUUCGGUCUCGAAUGUUGCACCGAGCUGAUCGAUUAGUCAAUGGUAUUAAAAAUGAAGAAGCAUGGCAUUUAAUUGGUUUAUUUCAACAAACUCAUCCAAAUACAUUUCUUCAAAUAUGUCAUCAUACAUUGGCAUCAUUUUUAGAAUUAACUCAUGAUUAUUUUGAUGAUCAAAGAUGGCCAUUAAUUUCACGUUUAAUUCUAAUAACUAAUCAAAAAUCAAUAGACAAUCGUCGAGGUCGUUCACGUACUGCUAUUAAUUUUACCAUGAAUACAAAUCAAAAUAGAAAUAAUAUACAUGAAAUUUUUCAAUCUCCAAUUGGUAGUCCAUUAUUUAUGUCUAAUUAUCAAAUAGACAAAUUAUCAUAUUCAUCUCCAAUUGUAUCAAACAUGAAACUAUUCAAUAAUACUGAUGAACAAGUAAAAAAUAAAUUAAAACCUGGUCAUAAACGUAUAUUGAAACAAUUAUUGCCUUCAAUGUUUCCAGUACCUAAUAAUAAUAUUAUUAAUAAUAAUAAUGGAUCGAAACCUUCUUGUGUAGAUUUAGUGACGCCUACAAAGAAAUCAGAUCGAUCUAAUUCUAAAACAAAAUUAUUCUUUAAACAACAAGUUCAACCAUUAUUUUGUAAAUCAGGAUCAAAUGAUACAAUUCGUCAAUUCACUUGUCCAUUUCUAUUGAAUAGAUUGAAUUCAUCUAAAAUAGAUGAUUAUUUACAACAAAUUAAAUCAAAAUGGAGAAAUGAUUAUACUGGUUAUAGUAUUCGUUAUUGUAAUAUAGAUUCAACAAUUUGUUCAACUUUAAUUGAUUAUAUGAUUUCGAAUCCUAAAUUAUGUCAAACUGAAGGCUUAUUUCGUAUACCAGGCAAUGCAUUACGUAUCCGUGAAUUAUGGUUAAAAUUAAGUCAUCAUUUUCAAAAUCCAUAUCUACGUAUACCUCAACCUGAUCCAGAUGUCACUAAUGAGAACCUUUCACCUUAUCCAAUAAUUGAUCAUACAGAAAUUCAUGAAAUAUUACAAUCUUACACACCCCAUGAUAUAUCCAGUUUAAUAUUACGUUGUUUAAGUACAUGUACAGAAUUCCAACGUAUUCAUCAAGUUUUAAAUUUUGACAGUACGACAGUUGAUUCACCAAUUUAUAGUCAUGGUGAUCAAACUAGAACCAACACUAACAAUCCUUAUUCAUAUGAUGACGGUGAAUAUCAACAGACUGGGGGUUUAAUUCCACUUGAAGCUGGAAAUCUUCUAUUUUUAGCUACUGAACUACAAUACAAAUUAAAAUCCACGAGUAGUAGUAGUAGUACCACUACUCUGAAUAAUUUCGAUGAUAAUGAAGAUAUUGUUCAUAAAUUAUCCGAUAGUCAACACGAUGAUUGGAUGUAUGUAUUAUGUCAGUCAAGACAAUUAUUAGCUUAUCGUAUUGUCUUACAAUUGUUAUUACCGACACCGGAACGAUAUCUACUCAUGAGUUUAUUAAGAUUAUUUAAACAAAUUGAUGAUUUAAGUGUUAUGUCAAAAAUGACAGCUGAAUGUUUAUCAAGAUGUACAGCAUUUGCAGUGUUUGGUGCACCUUUAAAAAUUAAAAAGUCGCAUAAUCCUAUUACAAUUACUAAUCGUCAUCAUAAUCACCGUCGUCUGAAAGGAGACAGUAAUAAUGAUAAUAAUAUGUACACUUUGAAUCUUACACGAAUUCAAUAACUAAACGUAUAGAUACAUUGACAA